AUGCCGCUGGGGCUGCGCGGAAGGAAGAAGGCCAAGUGCAAGGAGGCGGCGGGGCUGAUGGACGCCGAGCCCCGGCCCCCCGCCCCCGCCCCCGGCCCCGGCCCCGGCCCCGGCCCUGCGCGCAGGCUGGUGUUCCACGCGCAGCUGGCGCACGGCAGCGCCACGGCCCGCGUGGAGGAUUUCACCAGCAUCCACGAGCUCUACGGCAGAAUCGCGGACGCGUACGACAUCGCGCGGUCCGAGAUCUUAUUUUGUACUUUAAACACACCUAGAAUUGACAUGGGAAAACUCCUAGGAGCACAAAUAGGUCUUGAAGACUUCAUAUUUGCCCAUGUGAAAGGGAUAACAAAGGAAGUGAAUGUGUAUAAAUCUGAGGAUUCCCUUGGACUCACCAUUACAGAUAAUGGUGUCGGCUUUGCUUUUAUCAAGAGAAUUAAAGAUGGCAGUAUCAUUGACUCAGUUAAAACGAUCUGUGUGGGGGAUCACAUUGAAUCCAUAAAUGGAGAAAAUAUUGUUGGGUGGCGUCACUAUGAAGUCGCUAAGAAGUUAAAGGAAUUAAAAAAAGAGGAACUCUUUACCUUGAAGUUAAUAGAACCCAAAAAGGCAUUUGAAAUUGGACCAAGGUCAAAAGCUGGAAAGACAGCAACAGAAAAAAUUGGGACUUCGAGAGGUACUCUUCGCCUGAGAUCAAAGGGUCCUGCCACAGUGGAAGAAAUGCCCUCCGAAGCCAAAGCAAAGGCGAUUGAAAAAGUUGAUGAUCUUCUUGAACUGUACAUGGGAAUUCGAGAUAUUGAAUUAGCUACCACCAUGUAUGAAGCUGGAAAGGACAAAAACAAUCCGGAUGAAUUUGCUGUGGCGCUUGACGAGACUCUAGGAGACUUCGCCUUUCCAGAUGAGUUUGUCUUUGAUGUGUGGGGAGCCAUUGGUGAUGCCAAAAAUGGAAGAUGAUGGUGUGGACCAUGCACAUGGAGGAAUGAACCAGGUUUCUUUCAAAAGAAGCCUUCAAAGAACUCUUUUGGAUACCUUUAUGAACUCUGGUUUAGUUUUAUGUGUAUGAGAUACAUUCUUUAAAGUAUGAUUUUGAUUUCUGGAUACUUUUUUAAUACAGUUGCUUAUGUAGUAUACUCAAGAUGAAUUAGUUAAAAUACGAUCCAUUUUAAUAUUUGUUCAAAAGCUUUUAAAAAUAAUUUAAAAGGAGCCAGGCAUGGUGGUGCAUGCCUUUAAUCCCAGCACUUGGGAGGCAGAG